AUGGCGCUAAAUUUAUCUCAUCAGCUCGGAACACUUGCCGGAACUCCGAUCAAAUCCGGCGAAAUGACGGCACCGUCGGCCGAUUCAUCGUUAUCGGUUUCACCACCGUCGGCGAUGAUGCCUAAAGCCAUGAAUCUGAACUACAAGGCUCACGGAAUGGAUCCGAAUAGAAACGUAUCGCCGCCGAUGAGUCCGGUUCUGAGGUCGAAUCGAGCGGAUCUGUCGGUGGCGUGUAAAGCUUUCGCGGUGGAGAGUACAGUCUCAGGGUUUGAGACUAUGGAGGAACAAAGAACGUACAAAGAAGGAGGGAUUACGGGAAAAAAGGAGAACGGAGGAGUUCCGGUUUUCGUUAUGAUGCCGCUUGAUAGUGUGACGAUGGGGAACACGGUGAAUCGGAGGAAAGCUAUGAAAGCGAGUCUUCAGGCGUUGAAGAGUGCUGGUGUGGAAGGAAUCAUGAUCGAUGUUUGGUGGGGUUUGGUGGAGAGGGAAUCUCCCGGAGCUUACAAUUGGGGAGGUUACAGUGAGCUGCUUGAGAUGGCGAAGAAGCUUGGACUCAAGGUUCAGGCUGUUAUGUCUUUUCAUCAGUGCGGUGGCAACGUCGGUGACUCCGUCACUAUUCCUCUGCCUCAGUGGGUUGUUGAAGAGGUUGACAAGGACCCAGACCUUGCAUACACUGAUCAGUGGGGAAGAAGGAACCACGAGUACAUAUCACUUGGCGCUGAUACACUCCCAGUUCUAAAAGGUCGAACCCCCGUGCAAUGCUAUUCGGAUUUCAUGCGUGCUUUCAGAGACAACUUCAAGCAUCUUCUUGGAGACACCAUUGUGGAAAUACAAGUGGGAAUGGGACCAGCAGGGGAGCUGCGUUACCCUUCGUACCCGGAGCAGAACGGGACAUGGAAAUUCCCAGGGAUUGGAGCCUUCCAGUGCUAUGACAAGUACUCAUUAAGCAGCUUGAAAGCGGCAGCUGAGGCUUACGGGAAGCCAGAAUGGGGCGGUACUGGCCCAACCGAUGCUGGUCACUACAAUAACUGGCCUGAAGACACUCAGUUUUUCAAAAAAGAAGACGGUGGUUGGAACACAGAGUAUGGGGAGUUCUUCCUCACAUGGUACUCCCAGAUGCUACUCGAUCACGGCGAGCGAAUCCUAUCCUCAGCCAAAUCGAUCUUCGAAAACAGAGGUGUCAAAAUAUCAGUCAAAAUCGCCGGAAUCCACUGGCACUACGGGACACGCUCACACGCACCUGAGCUCACGGCAGGAUACUACAACACAAGGUUCAGAGACGGAUACCUCCCUAUAGCCCAAAUGUUAGCCAGACACAACGCGAUAUUCAACUUCACGUGUAUCGAGAUGAGAGACCAUGAGCAGCCUCAAGACGCGCUUUGUGCACCGGAGAAGCUAGUGAACCAGGUGGCUCUAGCCACACUGGCUGCAGAAGUUCCUUUAGCUGGCGAGAACGCGUUGCCUAGGUACGAUGACUACGCGCACGAGCAGAUCCUCAAGGCGUCCGCGUUGAGCUUUGAUCAGAACAGCGAGGGAGAGAAUCGAGAGAUGUGCGCGUUUACUUACCUGAGGAUGAAUCCGGAGCUGUUUCAGGCGGAUAAUUGGGGGAAGUUUGUAGGGUUUGUGAAGAAAAUGAGUGAAGGGAGAGACUCUCAUAGGUGUUGGGAAGAGGUGGAGCGUGAAGCUGAGCACUUUGUGCACGUUACUCAGCCACUGGUUCAAGAAGCUGCAGUUGCUCUCACUCACUAAAGAAAUGACAUUGUUCGUUGUUUAUAUUUGUAUGCGAUAUAAGGAAAUGACUAUGUGAUGAUGCCGAAAAAUAUGUUUAGGCUAAGUUUGUGUAUGUAUGGUUAGUAAAAACAUGAAAUGUGUCACAACUCUUGGUUUUUUUUGGUCAGGUUGUGGCAUUGUACUACUGCUACUAAUAUAUGCUAAAAAAGUAUAUGUACAAAACUA